UUAGGAUCGAUUGUUUUCAUUUUCAAUGACACGCGAAGCUGUAAAAUGCGAUGGAAGAAAAUGUCUCGAUUUCGCGUGAAUCUUUUCUUAUUGACCAUAUUGUUAACUCCAUUAGUGUCCCUUUUUGUGUUGAAUAAAUUUCUAACGUCCUCGAAGAUUUUCAAUGAGACCAACAGUGAUUUCGAUUGGAUUCGAAAUGGGAUCAAGAAUUUACUAGGAUAUACAACUAUUCUUCUCCCAGGAUACCUGACGUAUACCUAUGUGAGGAAAACGGAGUAUUUGGGCAGAGCUCCCAUUGGUUUCGUUUCGAAUUUCUUGAGGCUGUGCUUUGGUGAAGAUGGCUCGAUGUCUUCGCCUCUUAUUACACAUACAGACGUCCAGAGAAUAGUCCCUAAAAAGAGCUUCUGGUGGAGGACUUUCCUUCUUGUUUUUUAUUUUACUGGACUACAAGUUUCUUAUCUCUCCUGGGGAAUCAUACAAGAAAAGGUGAUGACGCAAGUUUAUGAAAGUAGUGAUGGUAGGAUGGAAUACUUUGGGGAUUCUCAAUUUUUAGUCUUUGUGAAUCGGAUAUUGGCCUUUUUGAUAUCUGGAGUUAUUUUAUUGUGUAGAAAAAGAUGUGAACAUAAGUGUCCAUUUUACAAAUAUGUAUUUUGUUCAUUCUCGAACAUCAUGAGUUCUUGGUGUCAAUACGAGGCUUUGAAAUAUGUAUCAUUUCCACAUCAAGUUUUAGCAAAAGCUGCGAAAACAAUACCUGUUAUGUUGAUGGGAAAGCUCAUAUCCAAAACUCAAUACAAGUACUAUGAAUACAUAACUUCAAUAACAUUAUCUAUAGGUAUGCUUUUAUUCAUGGUAGAUGUGGGUAACGACAAAGCAAGGACAAAUGUUACUACAAUAUCCGGUGCGCUGCUCCUCAUCUCAUAUAUCAUUUUUGAUAGUUUCACAUCCAAUUGGCAGAGUUCUCUAUUUAAGAACUAUUCGAUAUCUCCUGUACAGAUGAUGUGUUUUGUGAACUUUUUUUCUUUUAUACUAACAGGUACAUCAUUGAUUCAACAGAGUAGUUUCUAUGUUUCACUGAAUUUUCUUCUGAAGUACCCAUCAUUCUCCUUAGACUGCAUUUUGUUAUCUCUUUGCUCUGCUCUAGGUCAAUUGUUCAUUUUCAGUACAAUAUCGGAAUUUGGUCCCCUAGUUUUUGUUAUAAUUAGCACUAUUCGGCAGUGUUUAUCUGUUUUACUUAGUUGUAUAUUCUACAAACAUGAAGUGCACGCUUUAGGAGUAUUUGGACUGAGUUUUGUUUUUUGGAGCGUUUUUCUGAGAAUCUAUUGCAGUUACAGGAGUGCAAAAAAAAGAAGCAACAGGUUAAAAGGUUAUAAAUCUAGUGAGGAUCAAAAAUUUUGAAGUGCAGGUGCUAAUUGCAAUUUAGAGGGGUCUAGUCAAUAGUUGUUUUAAUUUAUUUUAAAAUAUGUGGGAGUAACUUCGUUGGGAAGAUGUUUAUUUUUAUUACGAUGUAAUUUUAUAUCACUAACAUUGUUCUAAUGCUAGAACUGCUGAUACAUAUCUCAAAAUUAGACAUUUAUAUCCAUCAGCAAUUAAAAAAAAUGAGAUACUUAACAUGUAGGUCAUACAUUUAGUAUUUUUUGUGUACUUCAAGGACAAAGAGAACUCAUGAUGUUAUUAAAUGGAUCUUAUCAGUAUGGUGGUUCAAAACUGAUGGAUUUCACUACCAAUUUUGAUAUGUGUAGAAAUGAUUUUAUAAGGCAACUUGUAGUUUAUUAAUUUAAGUCAGAUGAAAAAAAGACAUAACAUUUUUUUCAAUUGACUUUUUUAUACCAAUCAGACAAAAACGCUUUAGAUUUUCUUCCUUUUUUGAAGACUGAAUCGUUAAGAAUGUUUGAAGAAUAUUUGAAUGUUAACAAUGUAUGUGCAAUUAUAAAAAGACUACUAAAUAAAAUCAACAUUAAAAUAUUUAUUAUUAAAAUACAUCAUUAUUCAUAAUUUAUUAGACUAUGAGUAUUCUUAAACAAUUUACAUUUUGAUAAUUACAAAAUAUAUUACAAUAAAUUUAGUCUACUAGGAAUUGUCACAUUCGAUAUAAUAUGUAAAAUUAUUUUAGAUUUGAUGCAAUUCGGAGUUUUAUACAUUGUAUGAAAUUUUUUGUUCAUUAAAAGUAUAAUGACGAA